GCGGAUUGAGUCUAUAUAAACGUAUGUGCAGAGCAUAAUUUAUUGUAUCUUAUCUGUAAAAAAAUCAAUAUUAUUAUCGUUAUUAUUUAAAAGUGAUAUCGAGGUACAUUGAUAAAAGAAAAAUCGUAUUUGACAGUCUGGCGAUUGAGAAUCAAAGAUGAAUUGUUGGAUAUUCAUUUUCGCUUUGGCUGCUUUGGCUUCGGCUGCCCAUUCAGAGAAAAAGAUUGUAUGUUAUUUCGGGAGCUGGGCUGUUUAUCGACCUUCAGAUGGCAAAUUUGACAUCUCUGAUAUUCCAUCAGACCUUUGCACCCAUUUUAUCUAUUCCUUUGUUGGUCUUACCACGGACGCCAAUGUCAAAGUUCUGGAUGAAUGGCUAGAUCUCCCCAACAAUGGGGGCAAGAAUGCUUUCGGCAGAUUCAACAAGCUUCGGGAACAGAAUCCGGGAAUUAAGACGCUCAUCGCCAUCGGUGGAUGGAACGAGGGAUCUACCAAGUACUCCCAAGUCGUCGCCAGUCAGACCCUUCGCACAAAACUUGUCAAGAGUAUGGUUGAAUUCACAAUGAAAUACGGUUUCGAUGGGCUCGAUAUCGAUUGGGAGUAUCCCAACCAACGUGGUGGCAAGCCAGAGGACGUGCAAAACUUCGUAAAAUUACUUCAGGAACUGAGACCUGAAUUCGAUAAACACAAACUUCUUCUCACCGCUGCUGUCGCCGCUGCUGAGCCUUCUGCUUCUCUAUCCUAUGAUAUCCCUGCAAUUUCCAAAUAUUUGGAUUUCAUCAAUGUUAUGACAUAUGAUCUUUAUGGUCCUUGGGACAAAACAACUGGUCUUAAUGCUCCGCUUUAUUCGGGUCAUGGCUCGUUUGAGCUUAAACUCAACGUCGAUGCAUGCGUACGCUACUGGUUGAAAAAUGGUUGUCCACCUGAGAAGCUGAUCGUCGGUGUACCAUCCUAUGGUAGGACAUUUACUCUCGCCAAUAAGAACGAGUACGGUCUUGGAACUCCUGCCAGGGGACCUGGUACUGCCGGUCCGUAUACUCGUGAGGCUGGAAUGCUGGGCUACAAUGAGAUAUGCGUUUUGAUAAAAGAGGGUGGAUGGACGAUUACUCGUUCUGAAGGGCAUGACGUUCCAUAUGCUUUCAAAAAUGAUCAAUGGAUUAGCUACGACGAUGUAACUUCUCUUAAUGAAAAGGCGAAUUAUAUCAAUUCCCUUAAUCUUGGUGGUGCGAUGAUAUGGAGUAUCGAGACCGAUGAUUUUCGUGGCAAAUGCGGUAAACAGUAUCCUCUAUUGAAAACAUUAAAUGCCAAACUGAGAGGAAAAGUAAUCCCAAUAGAACCAUCUAAGCCAACGGACUCGCCUAAAGAGACAAAUCCGCCUAAACCAUCAACUGUACAACCAACACAACCACCAGCGACUGCUCCUCCUAAUGGUAUUUGUAAGAAAGUUGGCUACGUCCGUGAUAAAGAAGACUGCAACGUAUUCUAUCAAUGCUUAGAUAUCAAUGGCACCUACAAAAUAGAAAAAUUUAAUUGCCCAAGUGGAUUAGGCUUCGAUGACAAGAGUAACGUUUGCAAUUAUAAAAAAUUCGUUAAUGGUUGCAUUUAACGGUAAUAAACUGCCUUAUAAUGCUUCUAUCUAUUACAUGGUGAACGAUACCAUAUAAUAAACAAAUAUAUAUACAUACACACAUGAUCUGUAUUACUUAUAU